AUGGUUGAGGAAAAGACGGCUGUAAAGCCACCAAAACCUGUUAAGAAUGUCAAACCACCAAAGAAAAUAUUUACAAACCCUGCAUUUCAAGCCAUGGGUAUACCUGCAAUGAAGUUGCCAUCAAGAAACUGGUCGAUCUUUUGGCUAGCAGUAUCUACUGCAGUAGGUGGUUUUGCUUAUGAUAAAUAUCAACAAAAGCAGAUUAUAACUAAAUAUGCAAAUAUGGUAAAGCCAUUAGCUGAAGAGAAAAUGGAUACCAAGACAAUUCCAAGAAAGAUUACUGUGUUUAUUGCACCACCACCAAGUGACUAUCUAGAGACAUCACUUAAGAUAUGGAGACGUUAUGUAAAACCUGUGAUAUAUUUUGCUGGUUUAGAUUACGAUGUUAUUGAAGAAGAGAAACAGGGAGUGAUAAGAACGGAGGUAGCAAACAGAAUCAGAGCUUUAAGAAAAAAUUCUAUAGAGAAACAAAAGCCUAAAGAAUCAGAGAAAAACUCGAAAGAAGUUGCAAAAGAAUUGACUAAAUUAGAAGAGAUUGAAUUAGCAAAGGAAUACAAAAAAAAAUUUGAUUGGAGGGAUGCAAUCGGGAUAUUCUAUAAACAUGCUAAACCUGAAACAAUUGUAAGUGAGGAUGUGGGAUAUCCGGAUCCAUUACUAACUGGAGGUGUCAUAUGUAUAGGUAGAGGGGCAUAUAAGGAAUAUAUAACAGGUUUACAUGAAGGUCUACUUGGACCUCUUGAAGCACGGGAACCUGAAGCUUCUUUAGAGCCAUCAAAAAAUACUACUGAAUCUGCAAUAACUAUCGAUAAAAAUAAAAAUGAUGAAACUACUAUCCAAGAAGAAAAAAUUAAAAUUAUGGAAGAACAAUUAGAAGAGUCUAAUGUCCCUUCAUCAGAUUUGACUUCUAUUGACGAAAAGUCAAAAGAAACUGCAUCUCAAGAUGAUUCGGAAAAGAAGGAAAUAGAUACAACAGUACUGAAUCCAUUUAUACAACCAUCAGAAUAUGAAAGUUCACCAUUCCCGCCUUUAGAAUUGCACUCUCAAGGUAACAUUAUUACAGAUGACGUAACAGGUGUUCCGAUCUUAGUACAUCAGCCACUCUUGGUUAUUCCUGUUCCGAAUUUAAUUGGGUUUAUUGCCAUUCCACAAAGAAUUUAUAGAUUUUAUAGGAAAAGAUAUUUCACUGAAGAAAUUUGUUCAGAAGUGACAGGGUUGAUACAGCGUGAAUCGGUAAGACCAUUCCAAAUACCAAAUGACUUACAGUUAGCAGUAGAAGAAGAACAUGAUUGGCCAAAUUCAUGGGUUAAACAAGGUAUAAAGAGGAAAAGUGAAUGGACUAGGACGCUUGAGGUUGACUCCCGUGUCUCAGCCUUGCUACAUACUUGUAAUAAACCUGUUGCGGCUGAAAUUACGAGUCCUAUCCCAGCCCAAAUAGAAGAAUCUGACGAACACUAG